GGGGCCGCCCCGGGCACCAUCCCGCAGCAGGUGGAUUUCUAUUCCCGCUUCUCCCCCUCGCCGCUCUCCAUGAAGCAGUUUCUGGACUUCGGAUCUGAAAAUGCUUGUGAAAAGACUUCAUUUAUGUUUCUGCGACAAGAGCUGCCUGUGAGAUUGGCAAACAUAAUGAAGGAAAUAAGUCUGCUUCCAGACAACCUCCUGAGAACACCUUCAGUUCAACUGGUUCAGAGCUGGUAUGUCCAAAGUCUUCAGGAGAUCCUUGACUUUAAGGACAAAAGCUCAGAAGAUUCAGGGACUAUUCACAGUUUUACAGAUACCGUGAUAAAAAUCCGGAAUCGGCACAAUGAUGUAAUUCCUACGAUGGCUCAAGGAGUAAUAGAAUACAAGGAGAGCUUUGGCAUCGAUCCAGUGACCUCGCAGAACGUGCAGUAUUUUUUAGACCGUUUCUACAUGAGUCGCAUUUCAAUCAGAAUGCUCCUUAACCAGCACUCUUUACUGUUUGGUGGGAAAAUUAAUCCAGCUCAUCCAAAACACAUUGGAAGCAUCGAUCCUAACUGCAAUGUUGUUGAAGUUAUUAGAGAUGGCUAUGAAAGUGCCAAGAGACUUUGUGAUUUAUAUUACAUGAGCUCUCCAGAACUUAUCCUUGAAGAGCUGAACGCUAAAUCCCCAGGACAGCCCAUGCAAGUGGUGUAUGUGCCAUCACACCUCUAUCACAUGGUUUUUGAACUUUUCAAGAAUGCAAUGAGAGCCACCAUGGAACAUAACGCUGAUCGAUGCAUUUAUCCUGCAAUUCACGUACAUGUCACGUUGGGAAAUGAGGAUUUAACUGUGAAGAUGAGUGAUCGUGGUGGUGGAGUUCCUAUGAGGAAAAUUGACAGACUGUUCAACUACAUGUAUUCAACAGCACCACGUCCUCGUGUUGAGACUUCACGAGCUACACCUUUGGCUGGAUUUGGUUAUGGCUUACCCAUAUCACGUCUGUAUGCACAGUACUUCCAAGGAGACCUGAAACUCUAUUCCUUAGAGGGCUAUGGUACAGAUGCAGUUAUUUACAUCAAGGCCUUAUCAACAGAAUCAAUUGAAAGACUCCCUGUGUAUAACAAAGCAGCCUGGAAGCAUUAUAAAGCAAACCAUGAAGCAGAUGAUUGGUGUGUGCCAAGCAGUGAGCCAAAGGACAUGACCACUUUUCGCAUAGACAUGCAUAAUCCCUCUCAGAAAGAAUAAGCCUAAAUUUUGCAAGUUUACUAUCUCUGUGCAGAGCAGAAGGUGAGAUACUGCAAACGAAGGGCAUAGCUGGUACAUCAGAAAUUGUUCUGGCUGUAGCUGAGCCAGAUUGGAGAUUUCCACCUGCUAUCUCCCUAGCUGAGUUCUGCAAAACAGUGAAAUGGUUUUAUACCCUGGUCAAGCUAAUGUAGAGCACUUUAUCUGGAGUGAAUUACAGACUGCUCUAUAUACACAGUCUGAGGGAGGACUAUUCUAGCUUAAUUGGCACCACAACAGUAGCGUUACCUGCUCCACUCAAGCCUGUGGGCAUCUUGAGGCCCCUGCUUUUCUUUCUUACAAGGAUGUGAGAGAUGGUGACUGGCACACCUUUUAAUCUGCUUGGCUACAAGUGAGGAGAAUCUAGAGCUGUUCUCUUCUUUGGCCCUGCAAGAGGAUGUACGUGAGAAAUGCCACACAUGGUAAAAUGGGGCCUGGAGGGGACACUUGCAGCUACUGCUUUUGCUAAACUAAAGCUGAAAGUUACAGCAAGGACUUUUAAAAAUUCAGAUUUGAAGCUGAGUAUUCUUGCUUUUAUGCUAAGUUUUACAUCUUUUAAUUAAUUCAGUUGAACUGAUUUUAGUAAUAGCUGAGAACUGCAAGAGAUGUUUCUGAAGAAAAGCUAACAGUUUGUUUUCUACAAAGUCUAUUAAAUAUUUCAGAUAUUAUUGAAAUAAAGCCUCUGAGUUAGCUCUCAACUAACUACCAAUUGUAUUCUGAUUAUUAGAAACUUGCUGUGUAAUUAUAUUUGUAUUUAUCUCUUCACCUGACACCCCAAAUGACUGUGGUGAAAACACAAAUGUUUUACUUUGGUUUACAAUGUUUAACCCUACUUACAAGCAUGGUCUUAGACAACUUUUGGUUUAAACAGAAGUUCAGAAGACAACUUUCAUGUUUAGUAUUUCCAUUACUAUACUGAAGUAAUUGCUAGCACAUUGGUUAAGUUGAACUGAAUCACUGUAGAAAAUUAGUAUACUAGCUCAGCUAUCGAAAUGCUGAGAUUAAUAGUUUUGUAUGCAAAUGGACUCAGUCUUGCACUGUAAAAUUAAUCUUGGUUUGUGUUAAUUUUUUUGAAAGAAUCACUACAUUUAUUCAUUAAAACUGUUGUAAAAAUUAAA